UCAUGUUGGGCUGGAACGAGGAAGUGCAGUGGAGAGGGGAGGGACUCAGGGCGCAGCUCCAUGGGGCCGCCGCGGCGCUGCGACCUUCUGCACAUGGAGCCGGGGAGAGUUGGAAGAACUUCAUACUGCAAACUCAAGGAAUAGCAGAGUACUUGCACCGCAUGGAGACAGAGGAGGCCCAGGAAAUGGCCCAGAUGCCAGGCAGGGACAGCCCCCCUGCCAACGAAGCGUCCGAGGAGGCAGAGGAGCCCAUGGCUGUCCCUGAGGACCUGUCAGCCAGCUCCACCCACCAGCAGAACAACAGAGGGGACAAAGCCUGUAACAUUAAAGUUGAGGCUCGCAGUGAUGAGGAGAAUGGGCUGGCCUGUGACAUGAAUGGCGUGGAGGAGGAGGAGUGCGCGGAAGACUUGCGCGUGAUCGAUGCCUCGGGGGCCAAGGUGAACGGCUCACAGCCGAGCCCCGAAGCCAAGGCCUUCUCCUCGGCCGGCGGUAUCCGGCUGCCCAACGGGAAGCUCAAGUGCGAUAUCUGUGGGAUAGUUUGCAUUGGCCCCAAUGUGUUGAUGGUGCACAAGCGAAGCCACACUGGAGAACGCCCCUUCCAGUGCAGCCAGUGCGGUGCCUCUUUCACCCAGAAGGGCAACCUGCUGCGUCACAUCAAGCUCCAUUCAGGGGAGAAACCCUUCAAGUGUCACCUGUGCAGCUACGCCUGUCGCAGGAGGGACGCCCUCACCGGCCAUCUACGCACCCACUCGGUUGGAAAACCCCACAAGUGUGCUUACUGCGGACGGAGCUACAAGCAGCGCAGCUCUCUCGAGGAGCACAAGGAGCGAUGUCACAACUACCUCCAGUGCAUGGGGCUGCAGAACAGCAUCUACACAGUAAUAAAGGAAGAAAGCAACCAGAAUGAGCAGAGGGAAGACUUAAGCCAGACGGGAUCUGACAGAGCCUUGGUGCUAGACAGACUAGCUAAUAAUGUAGCUAAACGUAAGAGCACUAUGCCACAGAAGUUCGUGGGUGACAAACGUCUGUCAGACCUCUCCUACGAGGGAGGAGCAGGUGAGCUGAUUCAGCCCCACGUCAUCGACCAGGCCAUCAACAGCGCCAUCAGCUACCUGGGGGCCGAGUCGCUCCGGCCUCUGGUCCAGACUUCCCCGGCCUCCUCUUCCGAUGUGGGCCUCAGCUCCAUGUUCCCCCUCCACAAGCCGACGCCCGAGGGCCACGCGGGGUCGGCCCUGUCAGCCAAAGACAGCGCGGCCGAGAACCUGCUGCUGCUCUCCAACUCCAAGUCUGCCUCCAGCGAGAAGGACGGCUCGCCCAGCCACAGCGGCCAGGACUCCACAGACACCGAGAGCAACAACGAGGAUCGCCCGGGCGGGGCGGCCCCCGGCCUCAUCUACCUGACCAACCACAUCACCUCGGGGGUGAGGAACGGAGUGCUCCCUCUGGUGAAGGAGGAGCAGCAGAGGCAGUACGAGGCCAUCCGGGCCAGCAUGGAGAUGGCCUCUGAGGGCUUCAAGGUGGUGACGGCAGACGGGGAGCAGGUGAGGGCGUACCGGUGCGAACACUGCCGCAUUCUCUUCCUGGACCACGUCAUGUACACCAUUCACAUGGGCUGCCACGGCUUCAGAGACCCCUUCGAGUGCAACCUCUGCGGCCACCGAAGUCAAGACCGAUACGAGUUCUCCUCUCACAUGACGCGAGGCGAGCACCGCUACUGAUCCCCGUAGACCAGAGAAGAGGUGUACAUAUGGAAAACAUGCCACACACACUGACUCAUUGACAUGCACCUGAAAUAAAUGCAUAGAAAUACAAAAUGUCAAAUACACUGUUGAUGUCUUAGAGUUGUGUUUUUUAUGCAAAGUAUGCAUGUUUGUUGGACAAAACUAUUAAAAAAUGCAUUUAUUUUCAUGCUCAGAAGGAAGACUAGUCCAUCUGUCUGUAUGAAAAAAACAAAGUAAUGUUCAGUGAAGACAACACAGGUUUUAAAUCAUGUAUUUACAGUCGGCACAUGUAUAAAAUGUAUAUAUGGUGUCUUUUCUUCUGAAAACUAGGCGGCAACUUUUUUCUAGAUUUAAAAUAGAAAAUAUUUCCACCCUUCCAUUUACAUAUCUCUGUACGUCAUCUCUGAAAUGUCAAGAAAAUAUUCUCUUCUGCAGCGAUUUUCAGUGCAGGAAAACCCAUUUCAAUAUCGGUAUUAAAUACAAUCAAUAUAAACUUAACAAUCAAUGUAGAUAACCCCACAAUUCCUUCCAAAGUUCCAACCUGUUCUUGUCUUUGUACCAACCUACAUAUUAUUUAUAUCACAUUUACACGCCUGUCUGUUUUUGUAUUUAUUACAGUGAUCAAUGUUUGUCUGUAGAGUAGUGAGUAAAAGCUGCAUCUCUUUCUGUCCAAUUGUACUAAAUGUGUUUGAGGUGAAAACAUGACUGCUGCUGGAAGCUGUGUUUAGUUUUAUCGAAGGAAAACGUUAUCCCAGCCUUUUGUUUUAUACCUGAUGGCUACGAAAUGUCUCACUCACAAAGUGAAAAUGAGCCAUUUGAGGUUUCAAGGAGCUCUUAUGCUUGCGAGAUAUCAAUAAAGGAUAUUUUAUAUAUG